AUUGUUUAUGGGCCGCUCACUCAAAAUCAAAGAGCUGGUGAUGGAAAAGCAAGGGAAGAUACACUAGGUGCAGGCCAAGCACGGGAGAACGCGCUCCAUAGAUAUAUAAACCCAUAGACACAGUGGUGGAUGAGGAGACUAUUAUAAUAAAAAGAAUUAAAAAAAAAAAGAAACCGAAAAAAGGGUGAAAAGGGGGACAUGAAAUCGGCUUUCAGGUCCGUCGUUGAACAUCUGGAAGAAGAAAGACCGAUCGACGUAUCUGAGAAAGCAUCUCCAAGCUCAACUGUGGAGACGGCCAGGAAGAGAGGUUGAAAUCCGAGGCUGCAAAUCGCAACCUUUCGAUCUCCAGUCUACGUGGAUGGGCCAGUCAUCUUCGACGGCUGCAGUAUUGAGCCGCCGGGAAUCUAACCUUAGCCACCGUUCCAAAGCCAAAUCAACGGCUCUGAUCUCCCCUAUGCAAGCUGAAGAACCAAGCGACUUUUUCAUGAACGAUGUAGAACUGGACUACAUCUCCAAUCUACCUGACGAGUGUUUGGCUUGUAUUUUCCAGUCGCUUAGCUCUGGCGAUCGCAAACGUUGUUCUUUGGUAUGCCGCCGAUGGCUGAGAAUCGAGGGUCAAAGCCGUCACCGGCUUUCUCUCAACGCUCAGUCAGAUCUCCUCCCCAUGGUACCUGCUCUCUUCUCUCGCUUCGACGCUGUGACAAAACUCGCUCUUAAAUGUGACCGCAGAUCCGCGAGCAUCGGCGAUGAAGCGCUUGAAGCGAUCUCAUUUCGGUGCCGAAAUCUCACGCGGCUCAAGCUCCGUUCGUGCCGUGAUGUUACUGACGCCGGCAUGGAAGCUUUUGCAAAGAACUGUAGAGGUUUGAAGAAGCUCUCGUGUGGCUCAUGCACGUUUGGAGCUAAAGGUAUGAACGCAAUCCUCGAUAACUGUGCAUCUCUUGAAGAAUUGUCGGUGAAGAGGCUUCGAGGAAUCACCGAUGGAGCCGCUGCUGAACCGAUUGGACCAGGUUUAGCCGCAUCUUCGCUGAAAACAAUAUGCUUAAAGGAGCUUUAUAAUGGACAGUGCUUUGGUCCGCUUAUAAUUGGAUCAAAGAAUCUCAGAACCUUGAAGCUUUUCAGAUGCUCUGGCGAUUGGGACAAGCUUCUUCAAGUUAUUGCGGAUCAAGUUACCUGUAUGAUCGAGAUCCAUCUUGAGAGGCUCCAGGUAAGCGAUGUAGGCCUCGUGGCAAUCUCUCAUUGUUUGAGUCUGGAGAUUUUGCACCUUGUCAAAACUCCAGAGUGCACUAAUGUAGGGCUGGUUUCUGUUGCUGAGCAUUGUAAGCUCCUAAGAAAGCUUCAUAUUGAUGGAUGGAAGGCGAAUCGAAUAGGCGAUGAUGGAUUAGUAGCAGUAGGGAAGAAUUGCCCUAAUUUGCAAGAAUUGGUGUUGAUUGGAGUCAAUCCUACAAAAAUUAGCAUAGAAUUGUUGGCUUCAAAUUGCCAAAGUCUUGAGCGAUUAGCACUCUGCGGUAGCGAUUCUGUAGGUGAUGCAGAGAUUUCUUGUAUCGCUGCCAAAUGUGUAGCGUUGAAAAAACUGUGCAUUAAAAGUUGCCCGGUUUCAGAUCAUGGAAUGGAAGCGCUUGCUAGUGGAUGCCCGAAUUUGGUUAAAGUGAAGGUGAAGAAGUGUCGAGGGGUAACUUAUGAGGGUGCUGACCGGUUAAGAGCAAGUAGGGGAUCGCUAGCCGUGAAUUUAGACAGCGGCGAAGCUGAGCAUCUGGAUGCAAGUGCUAGUGACGGUGGGCUGCAGGAAAAUGGAUUUGAAUUUCCACCGGUACCUAGCCAAAUACCGCUGCCACCUGUUGCUUCAAGCAACACUGGGCGAUCAACGACUUUCAAAUCAAGAUUAGGGCUAUUGAGUGGAAGGAGUUUGGUGGCUUGCACUUUGAGAAGGUGGUCUAGCGGUAAUAGUAGUUCUCGAAGUUAAUUUAGACAGAGGACUAAUAGAGGUUGCAGAGCAGAAAAAUGGGUCCUUGCUCUUGGUCUGUUUGCAUUAUUUUGCAUUGUAUCUGAUUCCAUUUGAUGUAUUGAAUUUGAUAUCCGCGUGCUGUUUAUUGCCUUUUCAACUGAAUCUUCAUUUGCAAAAGUGAUCCUUUCUACUUGCC